AUGGCGCCCAAGGAAAUUUUGGCAGAAUCGACAAUUGCUCGCUAUGUGAAAACCAUUCGAUCAUGCCCUCGUGAAAUCAUUGCUAAUAGGCAGAUUUUGUUAACGGCCGCUAUGUAUGCAACGGCGGGGCUUCCAAUUAUCCCCAUUCAAGAGAACAGGGCUGCCAUUAAUGCAUUUUUCACAGCUUGGGACCAAGGGUCCUCUUCUGUGAUCCCAUCACUUCCUGGUUUCCAAGAGGCCUUCGGCAUCACGUCAGCCACAAAUCCCACUGAAGUCUCUAACUUUAUUUCAUUUGUCUAUAUUGGUGCUGGGGUCGGCGCUGGCCUUUCAUUCUUCAUCAACGAUCGUGUCGGACGUCUAUGGUCUUUCCGCUUAUACAUGGUCAUAUGGAUCAUCGGCCAGAUGAUCGCUACCUGUUCCUCCGGUAACAUCGGAGCCUUAUAUACAGCGCGCAUCGUCUCAGGUCUUGGAAUAGGCGCUCUUACGGUCAUCGGCCCAGUCAGUAUUGUUGAAAUAGCACCAACUGAAAUUCGAGGACUCCUUUCGGUAUGGUUCAGCGUGGUGAUGCUCCUGUCGCUGACGGUGUCUGUUUUUGUGGUCCUGGGUGUUUAUCUUCAUGUCGCCAGCAGCCAUCUGCAAUACCAGAUUGUAUUCUUUGUACCGAAUAUUGCAGUGGCUUUGAUCAUUAUCGCGAGUUUCUUCUUAUCGGAGAGUCCACGGUGGCUUUUUCUCGUCAACAAACCUGAGCAAGGCAUCGAGACCCUUGUGGCAUUACGUGGCUUGCCUGCUACCCAUCCGCGCAUUGCCUCCGAAGUCGAAGAUAUUCAGAAACAGAUUGAGACGCAGCAGAAAUUCCAACACAAUGGUUCCCGAACAGGCAUUGUGGAAUUGUUUAAGGAGACUUUCCUCGUGCCAUCCAACCUACGUCGAGUUCAACAAACCUUCAUAUCAUACGCAUUAGCACAACUGUCCGGCGCAAACAGUGUGACCUCAUAUUUGGUGCCAAUCCUCAGUCUCAUGGGACUAGGUGGCGGAACGGACCGUUCGCUGUUCUUAUCUGGGAUGUAUUCCAUGGCGAAGUUCUUUUUCACACUGAUUGCAAGUUUCUGUUUUAUCGAUAUGCUGGGGCGUCGCAAAAGCUUCUUUACUGGCGUAACACUCCAGAUGGUCUCUGACAUCUACAUUGGUGUCUAUAUCAAAUACAGACAAAGCGGUCUCGUUGCAAGCAACGCUAGCCAGGCGGCCAUUGCUGCUAUAUUUAUUCAUGGCUUUGGCUUUGCUGUUGGUCUCCUAAUUCUCCCAUACGUCUUCGGCGCAGAAAUAUGGCCCAAUCAUAUUCGCUCCUUUGGUGCAGCCAUCUCACAGUGCUUCCAUUGGCUUUUCUUCUUUGGCAUCAAUAAAGCUACUCCAUCCCUCCUCGCGAAGACCAACAAUUGGGGCGCAUUUCUAUUCUUUGCGGCAUGGUGUUUUAUCUCACUCGUUUAUGCCUACUUUGUGAUCCCAGAAACUGCAAGCGAAGGGCUUGAAAACUUCGACGCCAUCUUUGAGCAGCCGCUGUGGAGGGCGUAUCGUGGUACCCAGCGGAAACAUAUAGCAUGCAUUGAAGCUUGCGAAGUACCGUAA